AUGUUCAGCCCGGACGGGGGGCUGCCGGCCGCCCCCUUCGGCCUUCUGACCGACGCCGGGCCUCCCUUCCCCCGCGGCAGCUUCGACGGAGCGCCCGCUCAGCCGCUCUUCUUCCCCUUCGCCGCCACCGCCGAGCCCGAGCCCGCCCGCGACGCGCCGCCGGCCCGCGCCUGGCUGCCCCCGCCCGUGCCCGUGCCCGCGCCGCCCGCCAAGGUGGAGGCGCGCCCGGGCCGGCCCUGCAGCCAGCCCGAGCCCGAGCCCCGCGCCGCCGCUUGCUGCGGCCCGGCCUGGCCGCCCCCGCCCUGGGCCGGCCCGGCGCCCUCCGGCCCCGCCGCCCUGCCCGGGCCGCCCUUCCCCGGCCCGGCUGCCCCUGCCUUCCCCGGCCCCCAGCUCUGCCCCUCCGCGCUGCAGCCGGGCUCCGGCGGCCCGUCGGGGCUGGGCAGCAGCGGCAGCUCCAGCGGCGCCGCCAGCGAGGGCGGACACUCCAGCGACAGCGGUGAGGAGGAUGCGCCAACCUCAGGAGAGCUGGAGCAGUUCGCCAAGGACCUCAAGCACAAGCGCAUCAUGCUGGGCUUCACCCAGGCUGACGUGGGGCUGGCGCUGGGCACCCUCUACGGGAAGAUGUUCAGCCAGACAACCAUCUGCCGCUUCGAAGCGCUCCAGCUCAGCUUCAAGAACAUGUGCAAGCUAAAGCCGCUGCUGCAGCGCUGGCUCAACGAGGCGGAGAACACGGACAACAUGCAAGAGAUGUGCAAUGCAGAGCAAGUACUAGCCCAAGCGCGGAAGAGAAAACGCAGGACCAGCAUCGAGACCAACGUGAAAGGGACACUGGAGAGCUUCUUCCGCAAAUGUGUGAAGCCCAGUCCCCAGGAGAUCUCUCAGAUCGCUGAGGACCUCAAUCUGGAUAAAGAUGUGGUCCGGGUCUGGUUCUGCAACCGGCGUCAGAAAGGCAAACGGCUGCUGCUGCCCUACGGCAACGAGGCAGAGGGGAUGAUGUAUGACAUGAACCAGCCCCUGGUGCCCUCCACUCUGCCCAUCCCAGUGACGUCCCAGGGCUACAGCCUGGCACCCUCCCCCCCUGUCUACAUGCCGACCUUCCACAAAGCUGAGAUGUUCCCACAAGCGCUGCAGCCUGGGCUCUCCAUGAGUAACAGUGGCCACUGAACCAGGGGCUGUGGGCUCACUGCAGGUGGGCUGGUGCUCUGGGGCAGCCCCCCUUGCCUUUGGGUCACAAAGGCAUAGCCCUGCUUCUGCUUGCUGGGCCGAUGUGUGUGGCUUUUGGGGCGCAAGGGGCUGAGAGCCUGACCCAGGGAUGGUGCCUGCUCUCUGCAGGUGCUCCCAGCCCUUCCCUGUUCUAUGACAUUACUGGUCCCAGCAGCGUGGCCCCCCCCCCGACCUCUCCUGGAGCCAGCUCCUCCUGCCCUACUGCACCCUCUGAAGCCACAUGUGCCCAGUGCUCUUGAGCCCGUGCCUGGCCCCAGCCCAG